AUGGUAGAAGACGAAGGAGCAGAGGUCAGCACAGCACAUGAUUCGGGAGUUACGUUGUGUGACAUGGAUGAAUCUGCAUUGACCCUUGGCACAAUAGAUGUAUCUUAUUUGCCAAAUUCAUCUGAAUACAGUAUUGGUCGGUGUAAGCAUGCCACCGAGGAAUGGGGUGAGUGUGGUUUCAGGCCGACUGUCUUCAGAUCUGCAACCUUGAAGUGGAAAGAAAGCCUAAUGAGCCGGAAGAGGCCCUUUGUGGGAAGAUGUUGUUAUUCCUGUACCCCUCAGAGCUGGGAUAAAUUUUUCAACCCCAGUAUCCCGUCUUUGGGUUUGCGGAAUGUUAUUUAUAUCAAUGAAACGCACACAAGGCACCGAGGGUGGCUGGCAAGACGUCUUUCUUAUGUGCUUUUCGUUCAAGAGCGAGACGUCCAUAAAGGCAUGUUUGCCACCAACAUAACUGAAAACGUGCUCAACAGCGGUCGAGUACAAGAGGCAAUUGCAGAAGUGGCUGCUGAAUUAAACCCUGAUGGUUCUGCUCAGCAGCAGUCAAAAGCUGUGAAUAAAGUGAAAAAGAAAGCCAGAAAGAUCCUUCAAGAAAUGGUUGCCACCGUUUCACCGGCAAUGAUCAGACUGACUGGAUGGGUGCUGCUGAAACUGUUCAACAGCUUCUUUUGGAAUAUUCAGAUUCACAAGGGUCAACUUGAGAUGGUUAAAGCUGCAACUGAGAUGAAUUUGCCGCUUAUAUUUCUGCCAGUUCAUAGAUCACACAUUGACUAUCUCCUGCUCACUUUCAUUCUCUUCUGCCAUAACAUCAAAGCGCCGUACAUUGCUUCAGGCAAUAACCUCAACAUCCCUAUCUUCAGUACUUUGAUCCAUAAGCUUGGAGGCUUCUUCAUACGACGGAGGCUAGAUGAGACACCAGAUGGACGGAAAGAUAUACUCUAUAGAGCUUUGCUCCGUGGGCAUAUAGUUGAACUACUUCGACAGCAGCAGUUCUUGGAGAUUUUUCUGGAAGGCACACGCUCAAGAAGUGGAAAAAUUUCCUGUGCUCGGGCAGGACUUUUGUCAGUUGUGGUAGAUACUCUGUCUACCAAUACCAUCCCAGACAUCUUGAUAAUACCUGUUGGGAUCUCCUACGAUCGUAUUAUUGAGGGUCAUUACAAUGGUGAACAACUGGGAAAACCCAAGAAGAAUGAGAGCCUCUGGAGCAUAGCAAGAGGUGUCAUCAGAAUGUUACGAAAAAACUACGGAUGUGUCAGAGUGGAUUUUGCACAACCAUUUUCCUUAAAGGAAUAUUUAGAAACCCAAAGUCAGAAACCUGUUUCUGCUCCACUUUCUUUGGAGCAAGCAUUGUUGCCAGCUAUACUUCCCUCAAGACCCAGUGAUGCUGCUGAUGAAGGCACAGACACGUCCAUUAACGAAUCCAGAAAUGCAACAGAUGAAUCCUGCCGAAGAAGACUGAUUGCACAUCUGGCUGACCACAUUCUUUUCACUGCUAGCAAGUCCUGUGCUAUUAUGUCAACACACAUCGUGGCCUGCCUGCUUCUCUACAGACACAGGCAGGGAAUUGACCUCUCCACAUUGGUGGAAGACUUCUUUGUGAUGAAAGAGGAAGUCCUGGCUCGUGAUUUUGACUUGGGUUUCUCAGGAAAUUCAGAAGAUGUAGUCAUGCAUGCCAUACAGCUGCUGGGAAAUUGUAUCACCAUCACCCACACCAGCAAGAAUGACGAGUUUUUUAUCACUCCCAGCACAACUAUCCCCUCAGUCUUUGAACUCAACUUCUACAGCAAUGGGGUGCUCCACGUCUUCAUCAUGGAGGCCAUCGUAGCCUGCAGCCUUUACGCAGUUCUGAAGAAGAGGGGCCCAGGAGGGCCCGCGUCUCCCAGCUUGAUCAGCCAGGAGCAGCUGGUACGCAAGGCCGCCAGCCUGUGCUAUCUGCUCUCCAAUGAAGGCACCAUCUCUCUCCCCUGCCAGACCUUUUACCAAAUUUGCCAUGAAACAGUGGGCAGGUUUAUCCAGUAUGGCAUUCUUACAGUGGCGGAGCAAGAUGAUCAGGAAGAUAUCAGUCCUGGUCUUGCCGAGCAGCAGUGGGACAAGAAGCUUCCGGAACCUUUGUCUUGGAGAAGUGAUGAAGAAGAUGAAGACAGCGAUUUUGGUGAGGAGCAACGAGAUUGCUACCUGAAGGUGAGCCAGUCCAGGGAGCACCAGCAGUUCAUCGCCUUCCUGCAGAGGCUCCUCGGGCCCCUGCUGGAGGCCUACAGCUCUGCCGCCGUCUUCAUUCACAACUUCAGCGGUCCCGUCCCCGAGCCGGAGCUCCUGCAGAAGCUGCACAAGCACCUGAUCACGAGAACGGAGAGGAGGGUUGCCGUGUACGCUGAGAGCGCCACUUACUGUCUUGUGAAGAACGCUGUGAAAAUGUUUAAGGAUAUCGGGGUUUUCAAAGAGACCAAACAAAAGAGAGUGUCUGUUUUAGAACUCAGCAGCACUUUUCUACCUCAAUGCAACCGGCAAAAACUCCUGGAAUAUAUUCUGAGUUUUGUGGUGCUGUAG